AUGAAGUCUGUAACUCCUAUCCACUUCAGAUACCUGAGUUUGAUUUUUGCCAUGAGUAUGCUCGCAAUUUUAUUCGUCACUGUGCCAUUAAGCAUUCACUUGUCGAAACGUGACGCUGCUACCACUAUCGACCCAAUCAACAAAGUAUUCAUAAACAAACGCCUCAUCAAUCGCAUCAAAGACGACAAGAAAAAAGGUACCAACAUCCUAAUAAACAACCAAGAAGCAAACGAAUCAGAGCUCCAACGUGAGCUCCACCAGCAUUUCGAAGAAGAAAGCGAAGACUGGUGGGAAGUCCAACGUUCAUACGAAUACCAAACAGCCGACUCGUUAGGCGAUCUGUUCUUGGUUGAAGUUGAAGAAGCACAAGUAAUUCACAAACAACACGCGCAGUUAGAUGAUGUCCAACGUGCUGAGAACUUUCAAACUCAGAAAGCAUCACAAGAUGUUCUUAAUAUCAAUGAUGGCUUACAGAAAGGUACGACAAAUGCUAACUCAACGACUAUUGCUGCUGAGGAGAUUCAGCAACAUCAGCGUGAGGAUUUAUUGGAGGUCAAGCAGUACCAAAAGAUUCAUGUUGUCCAGGUGAAUCUUUUCGGAUUGUUGAAAAACGAAUAUGAGGAAGAACGAUUGGUACAGUAUGAGUAUUCAUUGUCGAUUGAUGCGUUUAAUCAGUGGGAGUAUUCGUCUUCAGAGGAUAAUCAGAGCGCUGAUAAUUUAGUUUUUGGUAACAUUUAA